AUGGCGACUUCGCGCUUUGCGUCGCUCACAUCUUCUAUCGCGAGAGAUAGUAGCGAGGACAUUCUAGUCCUCUCCCUGGUGGCGAGUCGCUCCAGUCCAACGAGUCGCCAAUACCUCCUACAUCUUCGCGCGCUUUCCCGCAUCGCGGUCUUCGUAAUAACUUCGCUUCUGGCCGUCUCUUUGGUUUCCAUCACGUCCGACGCGUCGCCUGUCCCCGACGCGUCGCCUCUCCCCGACGCGUCGCCUUUCGCUGACGCGCAUCAUCCGCUGCCAACUGCCAACUCUCCCCCAGAAACAUCUUCUUCUGAAUCCAUUCCCGUGACAAACCCACCGGAAACUAGCACGCCCGUCCCUGAACCUCUCUCCUCGCUCCGAAGUCAGUCUGUCCAGAACCUCGCAUCGCCCUCCUCUGAGUUCCUGCCGACUGCUCCCAAACUGAUCGGAACAGAUAACGGAACGGCGGGUCUGCCGGCCUUGACGGCCAAUGGAACGGACGACGGCAUGGCGGUCGCGCUGUCGAAGCUGAUAGGAGCGGACGGCACGCUGGGGAAGGUGUUCAACCUGGGGCCGUAUAAGCCGGUGGAGCGAUCGUCCAUUGGCGGACCCAUGUUUAUUUUCAAGGUGCUACCUCCGCGUCCUAUCCUCCUAUGGGCGCCUGCCACGUCAUCAGCCAAGUCCUUCCCGGUGGUUGUGUUUCAGCACGGGUGGGCCACUCGCAACUACUGGUUCUCUGACAUGCUCAAGAGAGUGGUGUCUCAUGGCUACAUUGUGGUGGCUCCUCAGAUGUACCCACUCAUCGGCCUCACAGGAGCCGUCUACGAGAUGAAGGGUUCCUGUGCCGUCAUUCGCUGGCUCAAAGACAACCUCAAGGAUUGGCUCGCUCGCCACCCGAUCCUCCACCGCCGAACCAAAGCCUCGCCCGAUUGGUCCAAAUUCGCCCUGACCGGCCACAGCCGCGGCGGGAAAGUCGCGUUCGGUGUGCUCCGGAAACUUUUCUGCAAAUCGGUGGUGCCGAUUAAAGCCCAGUUAAUGGCGGGGGGAAGAAAAGUUCAUGGAAAUCAGGGGAUUCGGUGCUUACAUACGUCCCAAACUCUAUACACGUCUCGGCUCCGGUGGCGGUGUUAG